CAUGUUUCUUUAAAAACUGAUUCCAUUCAUAUCAUCUUAUAUCAUCGUAUUAUUUCAGGUACCGGUUCGGAUUAAUUUACUAAUCACUUUCUCCUUUCUUUCUAUUUCAAUUGUUGAUUGUUGAAUUGUCCUAUCCCACAAUGACUACUCCAUGUUUCGCUGAUUUGGGUAAACAAGCCAAAGAUUUGUUCAACAAAAAUUACCAUCUUGGUGUUGUUAAACUUGACUUUAAGACUAAAACUCAAAAUAAAGUCGAGUUCAAUGUUAGUGGAACUUCAAACACAGGAACUGGCAACAUUGCUGCGAAUUUGGAAACCAAACAUUUUCUUCCAGAUUAUGGACUAACAAUGAAGGAAAAAUGGACCACUGAUAAUGUUUUAUCCACCGAGCUUACCGUAGAUGAUCAAUUUGCUAAGGGUCUUAAACUUGGUUUCAAUGGAUCAUUCACCCCAUUGUCUGGUAAAAAGUCAGGAGUCAUCAAAACUUCAUAUAAAACUGAUGCAUUACAUCUUAAUGGUGAUGUUGAUUUGGAUCACGGUGGUUUUAUAGUACAUGGAGCUGGAGUUGUUAGAUUCCAAUCAUGGUUGGGAGGUGCCCAGCUUUCUUUUGACCCAUCUAAAAAUGCAAUCAAACGAAACAACAUUGCCGUUGGAUAUCAAACACCUGAAUUUAAUUGGACAACAAAUCUUGCCGAUGGAAAAGAAGCCACUAGUACAGUUUACCAACGUGUAAAUGAUCAAUUGGAAAGUGGUAUUUCCCUAGCCUGGUCAACUGACAAUAAUUCCACUCGAUUCGGUCUUGGAUGUAUCUACAAACUUGACAGUGAAACAUCUGUUAAAGCUAAAGUAAACAAUAGCGGAACUAUUGGUCUUGGACUCACUCAUCGUCUACGACCUGGUGUUUUGCUAACACUUUGUGCUUCCAUUGAUGGUAAAAAUUUCAACUCUGGAGGUCACAAGCUUGGUAUGGGCUUGGAAUUGGCUGCCUAGUUCUCCGGAAUUUCAUAAAAUGAACCAAAUUAAAGCCUGAUUCCAAUGCUGCCAACAACAUGCAUAUGAGUUUUUUUCUAAAAAACAAAUCCCAGUGAAAUAGAAUGUAAAGGAGACAGAUGAUAAUGUAAUCAACUGAAAUCGUUUCAGUAAUUACAAAGGAAAAUUAUUAAAAAAAUGUUUAUUCAUUAAAGUUAUCUUUAGUUAGCCAUAAACUAUUAUAGUUGUUAGCCUGAUAUCUUUGUAACCAAUCUUGUUAGUUGUUCUAUCAUCAAACCUGAGAUUUAUUAUAUAAAAAUAUAAUUUACAAC